CGCUUCGGUAAUUUUGCCUAUUGUGGAAUUAACCUGAUUUGUCCGUGACCAUAUAGUUAACCUAAAAAAAGGUUAUUGAAACGUUUUAAUCGGUAUAAAUAUAAAUUAUAGUAUUGAAAUUUCUUUUUAAAUUUUGAAGGGGGUUUUAAUAUGAUUUUAUGUGAAGACAGUUUUAGUUAUAAAUUAUUAAACCUAAAUUUGUGAAUAUUUAAGUUCUUGAUAUUAGGGUAUCAAAAAAAUUAAAAUAAUUGAGCAAUUUUUUAUGACAAAAAUUUAGUUGGCAACUUAAUUAAAUUUUUUUAGAGGUUAAAGGUACAAGAAAUACAGUGAAGAGCAAGUUUUUUCAAAUGGAUUUAAUUGUUUAUCAUCAGCGAAUGAAGCUCUAUAGUUUAUUUAUCAGAACAGUUUCGAAUUAUUUGCCAAGUACAUGUUGUCAGUCAUCUAUUUGUGUUACGCAAAUUAAUAGAAAGCUGCAAGAUAGUGCUUUUAGAGAAUAUUCCACUAAUGUUGAAAAGACAACCUGUCAACGACUUUUACCAACUUAUAUUUCUACAAAUCAAAAUUUUUUUGACCGUGGGUACCGUAAAUUUCAAUUGCAAUCAAGAGUUUGUAAAUACACCACUGAGAGUUCUAGAAAAGAUGCAAACAAUUCUUCCGAAGUUCAACAAACCCUUUUUCAAAGGAUGAAACAGAUGGCAAAGGAUUAUUGGUACAUUUUAAUUCCAGUGCACGUGGCUACUUCAAUUAUAUGGUUUUCAGUAUUUUAUAUAGCUGCAAAAAAUGGCGUCAAUGUUGAAGAAGUUCUGAGAUAUUUAAAUUUAAGUGAAACAUACCUGGAAAAAAUUCGCAAUUCUAGUGCCGGUCACUUGGCAGUAGCAUAUGCUUUGUAUAAAGUGUGUACCCCAUUCAGAUAUACUGUCACACUUGGAGGAACAACAAUGACCAUCAGGUAUCUUAAUAAAUGGGGAAUAAUGAAAUUUAAAACUCCAGAGAAAAUGAAAGACAUGCUGUCAAGUAAAACGGUUGUGCAAACGAAAGCUAAAUUUGGUAAAACAAACGAAAAAACGAAAACUGUGACCAAUUCUUCUAAAACGUAGCAUUAAAUUAUUUAUUUCGAUGUUUUCAAUUUAAAGUAUGUGAGUUACAUUUUAGUUAAUUAUUUGCGCAAAUGUUUAUUUUGACAUUAUCAACAGUAGACUUGUUCGUUUUAUUGUUAAAUGGCAAUAUAAAUUGUAACAGAAACUACAAGAGAUACAAUUUUUUAUUUAUCUUAAUCAAUGAUGAACAUCUAGAUAUAUUUAUAAAUAAUUAAUAUUUUAAUAUUAUUUUUAUUUACACCUUUUUAUAAUAUUUAUCGGAUGUAUUUAUGCGCUUUGAUAUGCGUGUAAGUGUAUAAUUUUGUCUGUGAACGAUCAUUACAGAUUUAAAUAUGAGGGUCAGUUCGAAAAGCUAGUAGAUAAAUAAUGUUUAUAAUUGAAGCAAUGAAAACAUGUUACUGUUAUUCAAAAAAUACAAAUUAUCACAGUUGCCUGCGCAACCUAUUAAUCUUGGUGGCAUAAUUCUUUGUACAUAAACUCAAUGUUAAUAUUUAAAAUGAUUUAAAUAUAAAUACUUAAAAGAAAUCUUUAAAGUAUAAAACUAGUCAAUUGAACAUUCGUUUUUUAAAUGAAAUAUUAAUUUGUAUAUAUAUAUAUAUAUGUAUAUACAAACUCGACUGUGUUUCUGAGCGUACAUAUAUAAAUUAUAUAAAUAUUGUUUAAUAACAAAUACAAAAAUUCAAUUUAUUGGUAAACCUCAAUAUUAUAAAGUUUUCAAUAUAUAAUCUUUUCAUCUACAAUUUAUUCUGGUCAACACCUUAAUACAUCUCUAAUUUAAAAAAAGUUUUAAACAUUACAACUCAAGAAUUUUUAAGCAAAUAUUUGUAUGAAUAUACAUGUACAAUAAAAAGAUAAUGUCAUGUCAAGAAUAAUUUUCCUUUUUUAAUUGAUUACACUAUUUAAGAAAUACAUUUCAAAUCAGUUUAUCUUUAGUGAUUAACAAAUUUUGCGAGGGGUGGUUAGUACUAGAAAAAUUUGGAAAUUUUUAAUGCAGUUAAUUAUAGGUAUGGUCCUUGUAAAAAUUUAAUUGAAAUUUCAAUAUUAACUUUAUGUUAUAUAAUUAUGUUGACAUCCAUAUGAAAAAACCAAAAAAGAAGAGAAAAAUUGAUGAUAUAAAAAAAGGAGACUGAGUUUGAGCCAAGUACAGUACUUAUCCUCCACUCGCUGGCAUAAUACUUUCGGUAGGAUAUGGAAUAUCAAAAAAUUUCUUUUUGAAUUGAAAGAAUUUAAUAAUAAUACGGAGUAUUUAAUCAAAAAUAAUUAUUUAUGGAGUUUCAAAGAAUUAAUUUAAAAAAAUAUGUUCGAAAAGUAACAAAUUACGAAAUGCUAGCCUCACUAAAAUGUUAUGAAUUAAAAUAAAAAUUAAAUUGAAUUACAUUAAAAUGUAUUGUCACAAUUUGAAUCAGUGCAAUCAAUGUUGUACGUUUAAGAUUGUAAAAAAUUGUUACGUUAAAAUAAAUUAAAUUAUUUGCAUUAAUAUUUCGUUGUGCUCUUACCUUUUUGACGGCAAAGGUAAGAAAACAUAGUUACCGACACGACUAUAUUAUACAAUAAUUAAUAAUUAUUAAACAAAGUAUGUUUUUAACAUUUUUAUUAUUUUGUUGCCUUCUAUGGACCUAAAUGCAUUGUACACCAAAUGUCAAAUAGAUUUAUUAAUAUUUGUCCAAGUUUCGACGGUUUAUGUUUUAAAAUUGGAUGAAAUUUGAGAAUAAAAAUUUGUCAGUUUUUGGCCUUUAUUUUCUAAAAUGUUUGUUCUUAAAAAAACUGAAAAAAAGAAAGAUGCACCUUUUUAUUUCCUACAAUAGUAGUUUUGAAAAAUAAAAAUUUUGAAUUUGAAUUUUUUUU